CGCGAGAACAUGGGCUACCUGCGCUGGUUUGCUGGAAGUGACACCUGAGGCUCGGGACAGGAGCAGGAGACGUGGGACAAGAGACGACUGGGGAGAGGAUGUCUCUGAAUGAAGAGGGUUAUGUUGUCCGGAUCAGAGGACUACCCUGGUCCUGCACACAGGAGGAGGUUGCCAGUUUCUUCUCAGACUGUGACAUCGUUGGGAAAGUGAAUGGAGUGUGUUUCACCUACUCUAAAGAAGGCCGUCCCAGUGGAGAGGCAUUUAUUGAGCUUAUAACGGCAGAGGAUUUCAAGAAUGCCCUUUCCAAGGACCGUAAAUACAUGGGACACAGAUACAUAGAGGUGUUCAAGUCUAACCGCAGUGAAAUGGACUGGGUGCUGAAGCGUAGCGGUCCUGCCGACUAUGACAGCUGUAGUGGCUGCAUGCUGAGACUCAGAGGCCUUCCCUUUGGCUGUAGCAAGGAGGAGAUUGUUCAGUUUUUCUCAGGUAUGAGAAUCGUGCCAAAUGGGAUUACUCUGCCAGUGGACUACCAGGGGAGGAGCACAGGGGAAGCCUUCGUGCAGUUUGCCUCAAAGGAGAUAGCAGAAAAGGCUCUGGGGAAACACAAGGAAAGAAUAGGGCACAGGUAUAUAGAGAUUUUUAAGAGCAGUCGUAAUGAAAUCAGAGCCUACUAUGAGCUGCCCCGGCGUGGGAUGGGAGCCCAGAGACCAGGCCCAUAUGAUAGACCCAUGAUGGGAGGCCCCAGAGGAGGCUUUUUCGGGUCAGGGCCUGGCCGUAGUGGGGCUCUGAUGGACACAAUGAGGAGCGGAGUUAGCUACGGAGGUGGUAAGCACAGUUCUUUUUCUGAUUAUGAAACAUUAAUACUUUUUUUUUAAUCAGGCAGGUGCCUGUUGUGUGUGUUCAGUACAUGUGUGAGUGGAAAGGUUAUACUUGUGCUACAUGUCUCUGCAUUAUGCCAAAUGAAUCAUGUGACAAACAAGCAGUGAUGUGAACAAAAUCAUGUCAAACUCAUACAGACAAGUUGGGACAUUUAAACUUUGGCCCACAUUUAAAAUUAGACAUUUAUUUUCUAGCAUCUUAAAUCUCUCACUUGUUAACAGUUGAGUUUGCAUAAAUGUGUAUUUCCUGAGGAUGGAAUGUUUUUACGAUGUAUUUGUUUAUUUCUGCCCUGUUCGAGUUUCAUAUUGAUUUCUUUGAUUAAAAAAAA